GAAGAGGAGGAGGAGCAGAAGAGCCAUCUUCCCCCGGCGGAGUCUGGACUCGGUUCUGCCGAAUCGUGUGACGGACUCACAGAGAGUGUACUUCGGACAGCAGUUCACUGAGGGUCCAUCUGGAUCCGGAUCUUACCCACUCACCAAAAAGGGGUCGUGGACCGGAAGCGGCUCGGAGCCGGAUCCUGUUGGUACAAAGGAGGCGCUAUCAGGGGAUUAAGGUUAAAAUAUCGGCCGUCUUCGGUCUGGACUAACGCAAAAACAACAACAACAAAAACUCGUCCAUCUGAGCGGAGGAGAGAUAAAGUAGGUUGUGAGGUUUGUGGAGGAAAACUCCGGAAACAGUCGAUGUAAACAAACAAAGUUAGCUCUGCUAGCUAGCUGCUAGCUUAUAGCGGAGCGAAGGAGUCCGGUUUUAAAGCCCUUAAACGGCCUUUUUCAGCUGGAUGUGGACACGGACACAGCCAGCAUGUAGAGCUUCACGGCCCACCAAAGACUCUCAGCGUGGUCGAGUCGUUUGUCGUCUGACAGCACUGUGAUGGCAGUGACUUAACUUGUUGUUUGUUGUGUAGCUGCGGUGGGGGGGCUCCAGCUCUCUGCCGCCCCUCCCCCGGUCUGAGGUCUGAUCAGGGUCGGACUCGGCUCCAGACUGAGGACUGAUCAGGGUUGGACUCUGCUCCAUUCUGAGGACUGGUCAGGGUCAGACUCGAGGACUGAUCAGGGUCAGACUCGGCUCCAGUCUAAGGACUGAUCAGGGUCGGACUCGAGGACUGAUCAGGGUCGGACUCUGCUCCAGUUUGAGGACUGAUCAGGGUCGGACUCGAGGACUGAUCAGGGUUGGACUCUGCUCCAGUUUGAGGACUGAUCAGGGUCGGUCGGACUCGGCUCCACUCUGAGUACUGAUCAGGGUGGGACUCGAGGACUGAUCAGGGUUGGACUCUGCUUCAGUUUGAGGACUGAUCAGGGUCGGUCGGACUCGGCUCCACUCUGAGUACUGAUCGGGGUUGGACUCUGCUCCAGUUUGAGGACUGAUCAGGGUCGGUCGGACUCGGCUCCACUCUGAGUACUGAUCGGGGUUGGACUCUGCUCCAGUUUGAGGACUGAUCAGGGUCGGUCGGACUCGGCUCCAGACUGAGGGUUGAUCAGGGUUGGACUCGUACUUUGAGGAGAACAGGUCUGAGGGAUGGAGCUGAUGUUUGCGGAGUGGGAGGAUGGGGAGAGGUUCUCCUUUGAGGACUCGGACCGGUUCGAGGAGGAUUCUCUGUGCUCCUUCAUCUCGGAGGCCGAGAGCCUGUGUCAGAACUGGAGGGGAUGGAGGAAGCAGUCUGCUGGUCCAAACUCCCCCACGGUCAAGAUUAAAGAUGGUCAGGUGAUUCCACUGGUGGAGCUGUCAGCGAAGCAGGUAGCGUUCCACAUCCCCUUUGAGGUGGUGGAGAAAGUCUACCCCCCGGUGCCAGAACAGCUGCAGCUCCGCAUCGCCUUCUGGAGCUUUCCGGAGAAUGAAGAGGACAUCAGGUUGUACUCCUGCUUGGCCAACGGCAGCCCAGAUGAGUUCCAGCGUGGAGAACAGCUGUACAGGAUCCGAGCCGUCAAAGACCCUCUGCAGAUCGGCUUCCACCUCAGUGCUACAGUUGUGUCCAGUCAGACCAGUCAGUCUAAAGGAGCGUACAACGUGGCGGUCAUGUUUGACCGCUGCCGCAUCACUUCCUGCAGCUGCACCUGUGGUGCUGGGGCCAAAUGGUGUGCUCACGUGGUGGCGCUCUGCCUCUUCCGGAUCCACAAUGCAUCAGCAGUGUGUCUCAGGGCUCCAGUGUCUGAGUCUUUGUCCAGACUGCAGAGGGAUCAGCUCCAAAAGUUUGCCCAGUACCUAAUUAGUGAGCUGCCACAGCAGAUUCUACCCACUGCUCAGCGUUUGCUUGAUGAGCUUCUGUCCUCUCAGUCCACUGCCAUCAACACCGUGUGUGGAGCUCCAGAUCCCACAGCGGGACCGUCAGCUUCUGAUCAGAGCACCUGGUACUUGGAUGAGUCCGCCCUCAGUGACAACAUCAAGAAGACCUUGCAUAAGUUCUGCGGGCCUUCACCUGUAGUUUUCAGUGAUGUCAAUUCCAUGUACCUGUCAUCCACGGAGCCACCUGCUGCUGCUGAGUGGGCGUGUCUACUGCGACCACUUAGGGGUCGUGAACCCGAGGGCAUCUGGAACCUCCUGUCUAUUGUCAGGGAGAUGUUCAAGAGACGAGACAGCAACGCAGCCCCUCUGCUGGAGAUCCUGACUGAGCAGUGCCUCACCUACGAACAGAUCAUCAGCUGGUGGUACAGCGUUCGCACAUCUGCGUCCCACAGCAGUGCCAGCGGGCACACCGGACGGAGCAACGGCCAGUCAGAGGUGGCGGCUCACGCCUGUGCCAGCAUGUGUGAUGAGAUGGUGGUGCUGUGGCGACUGGCAGUGCUCGACCCCACGUUGAGCCCAGCCAGACGGCUGGAACUGGCAGCUCAGCUGAAGCAGUGGCACCUGAAAGUCAUUGAGAUUGUGAAACGAGGACAACACCGCAAAUCCCUGGAUAAGCUCUUCCAGGGUUUCAAACCUGCUGUGGAAUGCUGCUACUUCAACUGGGAGGUAGCCUACCCACUGGAAGGGAUCACCUACUGCAGCGCCGAUAAGAAGAGCGCCACCUUCUGCUGGCCUCGGGGAGUGCAGCACCAAAGAGGCCUCAAGACACACAUUGGAGGAGGUGGAGAAACGCCUGAAUCAGGAGGAGGGGACAGAGCAGAAGGCGGGGUUAGUGUAGAUUAUAAAGCAAGAGGAAGUAGUUAUUCACCCCAGCAGGAGGUGGCGGUGCGCCCGAAAGAGACCAUUUUAAAUAAGAGAAAGUGUCUGUCGGUGAGCGGAGGGGGCAGCAUGCUCGUCCGCCUGGGAGGGGGUGUCUCACUGUCUCUGGACGACGGUGGAGGGAAGUGCAUGUACAAAGCACCAGGCUCCUCCUCUGGAGGUAAACUGAAAUUGACACAGGGAGGUGGUAAAGGGGUUCAGGUAGUGGCGUCUGGAGGAGGUAACCUAGGAGGAGCUAAGCAUCCCAGUGCCAAGCGGAGGACCAGCAGUGAGGACAGUUCCCUGGAGCCUGAUCUGGCUGAACUCAGCCUGGAUGACGGCUGCAGUCUGGCCUUAGGGGCUGAGGCCUCCAACACGUUUGAAUUUCUCCCCCCACCCCCAGAGAUGCUACCGUCUCCAAGUCCUCUUCUCCGUACGUUUGGCGGCAGUGGAGGGAGCAAGAUGUUUGAAACAAAGCGUCUGAACCACACCUUAACGGUGCUUCCUGCUCCUGAGCCUGUGCCGCCUUGUUUUCAGUCUAAAGAGGUGGUUGUGGUUGCUAUGGACAUUCCCAGUGCUGCAGAGCUGGACGUAGAGACCCUGCAGAGCCAAAAUGAAGACCUUGAUCCAGUGCAGAAUCCUGAGCCUUCCUCCUCAACCACAGCCGCUUGUGUAUCCACCACUCUGAGCACAGAACAACCACCACGGAGCUGCAGAGACGCAACAGAUAACCCAGGUCCAGACGCAGCAGCUGGAGCUGUUGGGGGCGAGGACGACUAUCAGGCCUACUAUCUGAGCGCCGCAUCUGAGGAGGGCGGCGACCGACAGCUCCCUGACAGCCAGCAGGAGGACGAGCCAGACAUCUUUGCAGGGAUCAAACCCCUGGAGCAGGAAGGACGGAUGGAGGUGCUCUUUGCGUGUGCAGAGGCGCUCCACGCACAUGGCUACAGUAAUGAGGCGUGCCGGCUGGCAGUGGAACUGGCCACAGACCUCUUGGCCAACCCUCCAGACCUGAAGGUGGAGCAACCCCAGACCAAGGGUAAAAAGAGCAAAGUGUCGACCAGCCGUCAGACUCAAGUGGCCACAAACACACUGUCGAAGACGGCCUUCCUCCUCACUGUCCUCAGCGAGCGACUGGAGCUCCACAACCUGGCCUUCAGCACUGGAAUGUUCUCACUGGAACUGCAGAGACCACCCGCAUCAACCAAAGCUCUGGAGGUGAAGCUGGCUUAUCAAGAGUCGGAGGUGGUGGCUCUGUUGAAGAAGAUUCCUCUGGGCCUGGUGGAGAUGACGGCCAUCAGAGAGCGAGCUGAGCAGCUUAGAGACGGCAACUUCUGUGACUACCGCCCUGUCCUGCCUCUCAUGCUGGCCAGCUUCAUCUUUGAUGUACUGUGUACUCCCGUUGUGUCUCCUACGGGAUCCCGUCCACCAAGCCGCAACCGAAACAAUGAGAUGCCGGGUGACGAGGAGCUUGGAUUUGAGGCUGCAGUUGCUGCACUUGGUAUGAAGACAACUGUCAGUGAGGCGGAGCAUCCUCUGCUGUGUGAAGGGACUCGGAGAGUGAAAGGGGACCUGGCUCUGGCUCUCAUGAUCACGUAUAAGGACGACCAGAGCAAACUCAAAAAGAUCUUGGAUAAGCUGCUGGACAGGGAGAGUCAGACCCACAAGCCCCAGACUCUGAGUUCCUUCUACUCCAGCAAACCUGCGGCCGGCAGCCAGCGGAGCCCGUCCAAACACACCACAGCCGGGGGCCACGGCAGCGUUUGUGGGGCCACGGGGGGCAUCUCCAAGCACUCAGCUCCAUGUUCUGCUCAGACAUCCACUGCAGCAGCUUCCUCCUCCAGCUCCUCCUCCGCAGCGGCGAUGACGAGGGAGGACGUGUCACAUCAGGGUGAAGGAACCCCAGUCCGCAGUUCCACCGCCGGAGAGUGUGCUGCCGAGCCCAAGGAGCACGAUGUGCCUCCAUCAAGUGACCAACAGAAUGAAGCAGCACCGUAUAAGAUCGAGGCCACAGUUCCCAGCCGCCUGGCACUGGGGGUGCGGUGCGGGUACAACCAGCGCUGUUGGGGCUCACCUGUCCGACAGAAGAAGAAGCACACGGGAAUGGCGAGCAUCGACAGCAGCGCUCCAGAGACGACCUCGGACAGUUCUCCCACCCUCAGCCGGCGGCCAGUCCGGGGUGGUUGGGCCACAGCAUCCUGGGGCAGAGGUCAGGACAGCGACAGCAUCAGCAGUUCUUCCUCUGAUUCACUGGGCUCCUCCUCCUCCAGCGGCUCUCGCAGGGCAGGGGGCGGGGCCAGGGCCAAGAGCACUGACACCAGCAGGUACAAAGGGCGUCGUCCAGAGUGUCACGCCCCUCAUGUGCCCAACCAGCCUUCAGAGGCUGCAGCCCAUUUUUACUUUGAACUUGCCAAGACGGUGCUGAUCAAAGCUGGAGGAAACUCCUCAACGUCCAUUUUCACCCAGCCCUCAGCCAGUGGGGGCCACCAGGGGCCCCACCGAAACCUGCACCUCUGUGCCUUUGAGAUUGGCCUGUAUGCACUGGGCCUCCACAACUUUGUGUCCCCAAACUGGCUGUCCAGGACCUAUUCCUCCCAUGUGUCUUGGAUCACUGGCCAGGCCAUGGAGAUUGGCAGUGCUGCUCUCAACAUUUUGGUGGAGUGCUGGGAUGGCCAUCUCACUCCUCCAGAGGUGGCUUCCCUGGCGGACAGAGCGUCACGGGCUCGGGACCCCAACAUGGUUCGGGCAGCAGCAGAGCUGGCUUUGAGCUGUCUGCCGCACGCCCACGCGCUAAACCCCAAUGAAAUCCAGAGAGCGCUGGUGCAGUGCAAAGAGCAGGACAACGUGAUGCUGGAGAAGGCCUGCAUGGCAGUUGAGGAAGCGGCCAAGGGUGGAGGAGUGUAUCCUGAGGUGCUCUUCGAGGUGGCGCACCAGUGGUACUGGCUGUUUGAGCAGUCAGCGGGUGGGGGUUCAACCCAGCAGCGGGAGACUUCAGGGCGGUGUGGGGCAAAUGGGGGUUUGGGGAGAAGGCCCCCAGAGUCUGGCUGUGUCCUUGACAGUGGUGGAAACAUGGAGUCUCCAGGGGUUGCAACAGUUACAGCCUCAGUCACAGCAGCAGCAGUUGUGCCCGUCAUCUCUGUGGGCUCUACCAUUUAUCAGCCACAUGGACUGCCUGGGCAGGCCAUGGCUCACCCCCACAGCCAGGGCCUGCACCCCUAUACCACUAUCCAGGCCCAUGUCCCCACCGUCUGCACCCCCCAGUAUCUGGGGCAUCCUCUGCAGCAUGUCCCUCGACCCACCGUUUUCCCCGUGUCUGGGGCCGCCUAUCCACAGGGAAUGCACCCAGCUUUUAUCGGUGCUCAGUACCCGUUCUCCGUGGCCGCGGGCCCCCAGCCACCCAUGGCAGCCACUGCUGUGACCUUCCCGGGUGUUCCGGUGCCGUCCAUGACCCAGAUCGCUGUCCAUCCCUACCACACAGAGACUGGGCUGCCGCUGAGCACCACUGUAGCAGUUGGCACUGUCCACUCGGGGCCCACAAUCCAGGCUGUGCAGGGAGCCUCUCUGCCCUCCUUGUCCUCCCAGCCUGCCUCAGUGGUCAGCACUCCUUUCCCAGCAGAGGACGAGCAGCACAGUCAGCCCAUCAGCCAGCAGGGCCUGCACUACCUACAUUCUGCCUACAGAGUCGGCAUGUUGGCCCUGGAGAUGCUGGGAAGGAGGGCUCACAAUGACCAUCCUAACAAUUUCUCCCGAAGCCCGCCUUACACAGAGGACGUCAAAUGGCUGCUGGGACUGGCUGCAAGGCUGGGAGUCAACUAUGUGUACCAGUUCUGUGUUGGGGCAGCAAAAGGAGUCCUGAGUCCAUUUGUCCUGCAGGAAAUCAUCAUGGAGGCUCUGCAGAGGCUGAACCCCGCCCACAUCCACGCCCACCUGCGAACGCCUGCUUUUCACCAGCUGGUGCAGCGCUGCCAGCAAGCUUACCUACAGUACAUCCACCACCGGCUCAUCCACCUGACGCCUGCCGAUUACGAUGAUUUUGUUAACAUCAUCCGCAGCGCCCGCGGUGCUUUCUGCCUGACGCCGGUGGGUAUGAUGCAGUUUAAUGACGUGCUGCAGAACCUGAAGAGAGGCAAACAAACCAAGGAGCUGUGGCAACGUAUCUCUCUGGAAAUGGCCACUUUCUCCCCCUGAGCAGCAGGGGGCGCUGCACCACUCCACACCACCAGAGCCGCUGCACUGAGCUGACCGCAAGAGUGUCUGCUUCUCUGAGGAACUCUGCCCCCUAGAGUCCUCUGUGUCUAACAGCACACUGACAAGGCUGUCAGUGCCGUAUCCUGCUGCUCCACAGACGUGUUUUUGAAUAGUUCACCCUGAGCCGGGACACAGGCUCCGCCUCCUCUGUCCAUCCAGCCUCUCACUGCUUGUGUUUGUCACAGAGUCGUCAUGGUUCGUGUUGGUCUUUUUCCCUUUGGCGUUGUUUGGGGAUCGAUCAGCCACCGCUCUCACUACUUCCAUGUUUUGAAUGAAAGCGCUGCACAUUCCUGCUCACGACCCCCCGACUGUUAGCGGCCUCACAUUUGAUGGAAAAGUCACAAACAAACUGGACUUCUCCUGAAUCCUUUUGAUACUUUGUGUCCACUGUGACGUGUAGGAGGGAUUAGGAAGAGGAGGAGUUCCUUUCAGGAGGCAGCGGCCAAUCACAUGUCUCCCUCUGUUUGUCAACACAUAGAGCCACUCGUCACUGAGCUGCUGUUUUUCUGCUUUCUUUGAAUACAAAUGACAAAAAAAAAUCAGAUGUUCACAUUCUGUGUGCCACUCAGUUCAAAGAUGGCUGCAGCCGCCAGUGACUCAGCAAAUAUAAAUGCAAGUCAUCAUUUCUCCUGUAAAAUUAAGAUGGCUGCAGC